AUGUCACCGAANGCCUUACUGAAUGGUGACCGCAAAUGCGAGGAUUUUUCUGCUGCCGUUGAUAUUUGGGCACUUGGUGCUACACUAUAUCAGUUACUCGAAUGCGUUCUUCCCUACAAAAAUAAAAAUGACGAUACACUUUUAGACGCCAUUGCAAAUCAAGUCCUCAAACUUUCAGAGAAUGGAAACUAUUCAGUUGAAGUUAAAACCUUUUUCUCUUUAAUGACAGCAAAUGAUCCUAAAAAACGUGCUUCAGCUGAUGCGCUUUGUACCAAUCCAUUUCUCGCUCAAGCUUGCACUUGCAGUGAGCUAGAUGAAAUGAUCAAACUGAACAAAAUAUGGAAGGACCAACAGCGUCAGCAUGAAUAUUAG